AUGUUUUUCAAUUUACUCGUGGGUGCCGUCGUGGCAAGUCUCUAUGUUGCCGCUAUCAAAUUAUCCGUACCUGUGCAUGUGGUGCAUCUAGAACGGAGCAACCCAAUCGUGAUCAGGUUCCGUAUACGGCGUAUUUUUGUUCUAUGUGGAAUUCUCCUUUUUGCAAUUCCAGUGCUUUCAGUUCAAUUAAAUGGAGCAAGUACCUAUGGACAAGCACUCCGAAACAUGGGUUUAUUUCCUGGGUUUACAAGCAGUCAUGAUUUUGUAGGCGAUGUGAUGGGCAUUGUAAUCGCAUGGCUAAAAAUUGCCUCGCUAUACAUCGGGCCAAUCUGCGCCUACUUCUACAUCGACGCACAAGGCUGGCGUGCUGAUUUCCAAGCGAAUUUCUGCACACUUGCUGGGAUCAGGGAUCACGUGUUCGCCCCGAUAACUGAAGAGUUUGUGUAUAGGGCUGCAUUGGUGGCGGUGCUUGCGCCCGUCCUACUGGAAAAUAGUCUCAUCUUCUAUUCUCCUCUUCUUUUUGGUCUUGCACACGUGCACCACGGAAUCAACUUAUAUUGCCAGGAACAAGUGCCUUUAAUAUCUGCGAUAGCAGCUUCUACGUUUCAACUAGUGUACACGACUGCUUUCGGGAUUUUGGCCAACCUAUUUUAUGUGAGGUCCGGGUAUAAUUUAUGGUGCCCGAUUGUGGUUCACGCGACGUGCAAUUUGUUGGGGUUCCCGUCAUUUGAAAUGAAACACACACACCCCAGAUUCUUCUAUGUUUACUGUGUGUUGUUGGUAUUCGGAAUAGUGGCAUUCUGGAAGCUCAUCUAG